CUCAGUACCUUCACUUGCCAUGGAAGAGUUCCAGCAUCAGCUAUUCAGUCUUGUUGGAGGUCUGAUCUGUUUCUGUACUCCAGUAAAAUGCAUCAGAUUUAUGAAAGACCUUUUCUCGUGAAAACAUUUUCUCCACCUUUUCUGGAGCUCUUUACCUUAGGCUUUGUUUCAGUCAAUGGAAGAACAGGCAGUGGUCACAGGAGCAGAAGAUGGGAAUGGAAAAGCAUAUUCCUUCAGUGCUGCAAAAUCUGAGAAACUCUCAAACUACGAGAGUGCAAAUGGCAAAACAGUUACAGAGCUGGCCACAGAUCAAAAGGUGAAGGUUAUGCAAGCUGAUUUCACUAAAAAUUCAGUGUAGGAGAACAUUGAAGAAGAUCUGAAAGACUUGGAUUUUGGUGUUCUGGUUAACAAUGUUGGAAUGCUUCACAAUCCUCUUCCAUGCCAGUUCCUUAAUGGGCCAGACAUAGAAGAGGACUUUGUCAACUGCAACAUUAUUUCUGUUCCAGCUAGGUAUAUGACAAAAAUAAUUUUGCAACAGAUGCAACGAAGAUAUCAGAAAGGUCUAAUUCUGAAUCUGUAUUUUGGCUCAAAUACUUUCCCUUGUCCUUUAUAUACAAUGUACUCAGCUACGAAGGCUCACUUAUCUAUACUUCUACGACCACUACAAGCAGAUUAUAAGGCAAAAAAUUUUUUAUUUCAUGUAGUGAUUCCUUAUGGUGUUUCUGCUUCAAUGACAGUGUACCAAAACCCUAGUGUUGUUACAAAGACAUCAGAAGAGUUUGUUAGUAAAUCACUGGAGUACAUCACCUUCGGAGAUGAGAUUUUGGGAUGUUUCAUCCAUAAAAUUCUGAUUGAAUUUGGUUGUGUGUAAAUGACUUCCAAAGACUUCAGCCAAGUCUGUCUGGGCUCAGCCUGCUCUUUUCACUGUUUUCAUGGACCUUGGAUAUCAAAAAGAAAGAGACAAUGGGUUGUUAAAGCUAAUAUGGCACCAGUAAAACAUGGAGAGGAGAACACAAGUAAAGUGUAGUGGUAACAGCACAGUGUGGUUUUCUCCACUUAUGAGCCUUGAGCUGAGCUCAGUUUGAUGUCUGGUUAGUCUUUAUCCUCUCUCCAGCUGCCUGUUUUCAUGACCUUGCUAAGCAGUUUUCCUUAGCAAAAGACCUCUACUCCUUCACAAAAACUGGCCAGCAAUUUCAAAAGUUACUAGUGGGGGAGAGGAAGGACAUAAAACCAGAAUGUACUAUCACAGAGACAUCAUUUCCUUGGAUACCAUGCUUACAAAAUAGAGUAAACAUUUCUACACGGCAGCUGUUAAUGAUGAGCAUUAAAUGCAAGUAUAACAAAGGAACAGAUUUGCUGAAAGCAGAGGAAUUAACAUUUUCCUCUAAGAGAAAUGUAAUUACUGAAAGUCUGAAGUCAAAGCUUUUGUGGGCUUACAUAAGCGCCAAGAAAUGUAUGUUACCAUUUUAACAUAAUCUUGAAGGUCAAAAAUAAU